AUGAAGGUCGUUUUAAUUUUAGCAGUUGCCCUUCUGGUAGUCGCUAUCGCGAAAAAGAGCAGCGGAAGCGAUUCCGAAUCAGGCGAGGAGAAAAAACAUAAGGAUCAUAAGAAACAUGACAAAAGCAGUUCAUCCUCUGAUUCUUCUGACUCCAGCGAAGAAAAGAAGCACAAAAAGCAUAAGUCAACCACCACCGAAUCCCCAAGCUCAACGGAAGAGACGGAAUCAACCAACGAGUCCACAAGUACAACUUCAACUACGCCCGAAUCGUCGAAAUCUACGAAAGAGACUACUACAACGCCAUCGUCAGAGGAAGUUACACUGCAAGAUUGA